AUAUGUUGCUAUCUAUCUUUCAAACUGUAACUGAUAAUUUAGGCACCAACCCAACACUCACAAUUUAAGCUCUUCUCAAACUUUGAGGGAUGAACUCAGCAUUUCAGACAUUAACAGAGCCAAUUUUCGUUACGUGUCGCCAUUUUUUGGCGCCCAAACUGGAUUUUAUUUCAUUGGUUGUAGAAGAAGAAGAUUGAGCUUCCAAACUAACUCUCAGGUCCAUACAAGCGCGUGUGAUUAACGGUUAUUAAAGAUAGAGCAAGAAAAAUAGAGAUAUAUAAUGUCGUCCUCAAAGUAUGGACAAAGCUCGCUCAGAACUCAAUUAAUUAUCGUAACCAGGACCGAAGAAGAUGAUCCCAUGGAAUGGUAUGUUGCAGUUUCUUUUGUGGCUCGUGUGGCUGUUUUUAUCGCAAUUGUAGCAUUGCUCAUGUACAUUGUAUCUCUAAUCCUGAAAUACAUUGGAAUCUCCAACGAUGUGCCCAUAGUAGUAGAACAAGUGACCGCGACGGAGACUAACCGUCUACUAUCGAAAACCGUGAUUCCAUUCGCAUAUGGAGCAUGCGAAGAUGAUCCAGAGUCCGGAAAAUGCAGUUCAUCAUCGUCGAAUGAUUUGUAUGACGGAAAAAUAUGCAUAAUUUGCUACGAUGAGGAACGGAAUUGCUUCUUUGUUCCUUGUGGUCACUGUGCCACAUGCUACAUUUGUGCCCAGAGGAUUAUUGAUGAGGAAAUUAAGACGUGCCCAGUAUGCCGAAGAUUCAUUCGCAAAGUAAGAAAAAUGUUUGCUUCAGUUAAUUAAAUUUCUGAGUAAAGUUCCACCCUUUUCUUUGCUGUUUGUUUGGUUAGCGGCCAGAAGGAAAAAGAAAUAGAAAAUUUAUAAAAUUUUUAACAGUUUGGUUAACGUGAAAAAAAAAAAAUUCAGAAAAGUAUUCCCGCAAAAGUUUUCUCUAUCAAACAUGCGAAAAUUUUAAUUUUGCAUGAAAGUUGUAUCAUUAUAUAUUAGUUUCAUCUUAUACCCCUUUUCUCUUUGUUGUUCUCCAGACUCACAAAAUGUGAGUUUUCUUACACAAAUUAAUACUCCUAAUUUGGUUACAACUCUCCUACUCUUAUCCAUUCCGGAUAUGGCUCAACGGUUUACUCGCUGGACUUUGGAGCUUAGCAAACCCAAGGUCUGGAGUUCAAGUCCCGCUGGGUGUUCUUUGUGGCUAGCUUACGCUGCCCUUGUAGUGACUUACCCGGCCUGGUGGAGAGGCGCCCUUUCGCGUUUUCGGGAAAUAAUCAAGUUGUUGAGGAGCCCUAAGGGUUCGUGCCUUCCCAGACACUCCGAGUUAAGUAAAAUAAAAAAACUCUUUUACUCUUCAAAUUAAAAUUUUUCGCUAUUCCUAAUAUAAAAUGCAAACUUCCCAAAACAAUAAAUUAAAAAAAAAAAAAACUAUAUAAAGAAACAAAAUACCAAAUACGUAUCUGGACAUAUAUAUUUAUUCUGGACAUAUAUAUUUAUUCAUAAAUCCAAUUAUAUAUUUUUUUUAUUACUAUUAUUAUUAUUAAAUUCAUAAGUGUAAUUUAAUUGUAUAUAUUAUUUUACUGCUAUGAUUAUUAUUUAAUUGUAUAUACUAUUAUUAUUAUUUUACUAUUAAAUUCAUAAGGAUAAUUUUGACAUGUAAAAUCAUUUUUCUUGCACUCUCUUGCUAACCAAACUAAUUGAACAACAAUUCCUCACAAGUUUCAUCGAAAAAAUUCUUGUUAACCAAAUGUAUAAUAGAAAACUAAUUUUCUUUUCUUUUAUUUCACUUUCUUUUCUUUCACUUUCCAUCAUUAAUUUCUAGCUAACCAAAUGGACCUUGGGAAAUUUUCUUCAUUUGUAGAGAAAAAGAAAAUAAAAGAAUUAUUUGGAUUUUGCUAAUAAUUUAAAUUAAAAAAAAAAAAAAUUGAGUUAGAACUUAGCCAAACAUAAUCACAAUGGAAAAAUCAGCAUUUAGUUGAUGAUGAGAGUGAAAAGGCCAGCAUAGGCUGGCCCAAUCCAUCAAAAGCCAUAUUUGGGCCUAAUUAUGAGCCUGUCAUUGAUAUUAGAAAAGGUUUUGGUUCUGUAAUCACCAGAUAAAAAUGGGAUUUCAAAAUGGAAAAUGAUUUUUAGACCAAUCAGUUAAAAUGAUUUGCUUGAUGGACAAAUUUGAAUAUUCU